AUGUCCGAACCCAUUGAUGAUCCAGCUGUCAUUUCGAUUGCUAUUGAUAUUGUUCGCUCUUCGAACAUAUUGGAGCGAGCGGAAAAACGCGCUGCGGCGUUAGGUAUCACAAACGUUCCCAAGUUCCCACUGUCGGAGUUCAAUUACGACGCGACGGCCACGGCUUCGUCCUCGGCGGCACCUAAGUCGCCGGCCAAAAAACCCACUUUGCCUGAAGGAGCGUACACCAAACAACCGACAAGAAAUUUUGGCAAUACUGCAACGACGACAUCGCAAAGCAAGAAUCCUAUGCAUCAAGAAGGGACGGGUGGCUCUAAAGUCACCAAAAUCGAGACUCAACUCAACCCGACAUCCAGUUCAGGCAAGGAUGUUGAUGUUGCCGUUGAGAUCAACAUAACUACUGGCUCUAACGUACAAGUUGAGGUUGAAGUGGCGGAAUGUGAGAUUGAUGCAAAUGGAAAAGUCACCCGAAAAGUUGAUAAAACGGACGAUACUGACGUAAAAAGCUUGAUUCGGGACUCUUCCCGAAAUCAACUGCAGCGAUUGGGAACUCUAUACUCAGAAUCGCAAGAUUUAUCAUCACCAGUUCAUCGCACCGAAGGGCGUUUCCACGAAGAAAACACGCAGGGAAAAGAAAACUCCCGUCCGAAACCAAAGCUUGCAAAAUUAGCAAUGCUGGCAGAUUCGAUUAACAAUUGGGAAGACGACACUUCCCAUCCAGACAUCAAACAACAUCGUGACACCCUUACCGUUGCACGAAAAGAUAAAAGUCCGAACCGAAGGCAAAGUCCCAAUAAAAAAGAAAGUCCUAAAAAUACCGGAGCAACUCCGAAAAAAAGAGCUCCUCAGCCACCUAAAUCAAUUUUAAGUCCAGCAAAACCUUCCGGGAUGGAUUCUGAUAAGGUUGGCACAAAAACACUUAAAUGGGAUCAAAAAGUAAUGGAUGCUUUGGAAUUACAAGGAUUUCAAAGGCGUGAAUCUACUACUUCCAAGCUGGUGUAUGAUUAUAAAGACCCAUCUAAACAGUCUCAAGAGAAACAAGAAACAGAGCAAAACGAAAAAGCUCUUGUUCCAUUGAAAAAGUCUCGUGCUCCUGAUAUUACAGAUGGCUCACGGGAGCGAUCGUCAGGACAAGAAAUAGUGAAAGCUUCGACUAAAAAGGCUGAGAUUAGCAAAGGUUUGGUUUCUGGUCGAGCUGCAAUGUUCGAAAAUUCUAACUCCCGUCAAUCGAUUCUUAAGAAUCACAAAGAUCCAGCAGAAAUGUCACUCAAGGAGCGUCUGGCUAUUUUCGAAAAGAACAAAGGACAAGCGCUGGUUCCAAAAUCGCCUUUUGGAAUAGCACCCUCUAUUAGGCAAAUAACGGGAGAGAGUUCGUCUUCAGCUACUAUUAAAUACGUUCCAUCUUGUCUGCCCAUUCAGGGAACUGGAAUUGGAACUGUUCCAAAGGAGCAGCCAGUUGCUCAGAAACAAAAGAUUGAUACUUACAACAAACCUGUUUCAGCGGCUUCGACGGCCACUGGGUCGGCGAUUAAGAAUACCUUCGCUGCGUUGAUGUCCAACAACAGCACAAUUUCAGAAUCACAAAUUCUUGAGGAAACGCGACGCCAACGUCAACAGGAAAUGGCAAUGUUGCUGAACCGCUUUUCGAAACCAACUGACAUGUCAUCCGAUGCACUUAUCGAGAAACCGGUCCCCUCGCCGCCUCCUAUGCCUCCAGCUGGUUAUCUUACGUUGAGCAGUAAGAAGGCGGGUCGUACAGAUGACGCCGUUAGUGCCGGCAAUAAGCGGCGUAGCGGUGAAGAGCACGUUAGUCCCGAAGUUCGUUCCACAUUGGACGACGUAAAACGUAUUCGCAUAGUGGCUCCCAAGGAUGGUCGGCUUUAUCCGAGACUGAGUGACAUCGAAACAACAACAGCUACGGAAUCAGAGGGUGACGACUACACGACAGCAACGGUUUCCGGAGAAGACGAGAGCGACCGGAACCAGGACACUCGCUAUCACGACUGCUACGGUGAGGAAGAACAAGAGUAUGACGAUGAGCUGGACCAGUACGGUGAAUCGGUGGAUGAAGACGAUGAUAGCUACAUGUACUCUGAUGAAGACCCAGAUUUGGAUACUGGUAUUUGUGACGUUAGCCUAGGACAGGAAAUUAUGCAAGCUGUUAAAAUGCAGGACCGCCGCGUUAGUAGUGGGAGACGGCGGCAAAGUCACGGAACUAAGAUUGAUCAGCACCAACAAAGUAGCACAGAGCAUCAUCAGUCAGUACCGAGCUACCAAAGUCAAAAUAGUUCAACAAGUGAAGUUUCCGGUGUUCUCGAUGACAUGGAAGACUACCUCGACGAAGCACUCGACGAGGACAACGGAGAAGAAUUCGACACUCCACGCAAGUCUUCAGUAUCAUCCAACAGUUUUUCAUAUCAAAAGAAUCCGCGAAAAACAAACUGUCAAACCAUUAAUGAGGAGGAAACAGAAGAGAAGAAAGAUCCGCAAAAACCAUCGCCUAAGCAGCAACAGCAAAUGGACAGUGAGCAAGAGCAAGACUACAGCAGCCCGGUUAAAUCUGAGCUUAAAAUUAACCCAUCCGAUGAUAACAACAUGGUAACUUUAGUCCACACGGUUAGUUUCUACAGGCGCCAACAAAAUUCAAACAACCCAACACCGGUUAAAAAGAUAGUUCGCACCCCUGUGCAUCCACAGCGAGUUGCAGUGGAAUCUACAACGGAAGAUUCGGAUGAUGCCACUUCAACGGCCACCGGAACCAGCGCGACAUCUUCCGAUGAAAAUGAUUAUCUAAUACAAGAGAAGGUUAAAAAGCUCUUAGACGAAGUCUGCAAACAGCAGACGGUUAUUGCACAGACCAGCCAAGCAUUGAAUUUGUGCGCAGCAACGAUCGAAUUUUCCGGUUCUAGCGAAUCCGUCGAGGGCGAACGCCAUUUAUUGGUAGCGACUCACCGACGGCAGGCGAUACUAGAUGAAGUUCAACGUCUCCGUGUGGAAGGCUGCCUGAGACCACCAGGUGCUCCCACCGAGAAAGGUCGUUUGACCGUGAAAGACAUCACUCUUCCCCUGAAGCAAGAAUACAUAAGAAAACUUGCAUCUGACACCAUUAGUGGUCACCAUUUAGUUUGUUUGCUUAAGUAUAACGAAACCGUGCUAGCCACUCAGACCAUUCCUACUUUGCCAGGACUGCUGUCAGUCCGAUUCCCCGACGUGCUUCAGCUUAGCAAUGUUUUCGCCGACUUUAAGGUAACAAUGGAAAUUUAUGGAAUGACUGCACAACGAGAAAUUCUUCCUCAUGAAAUCAAGUACCACAUUGCAAUGAACAAAAAGGGCUCCAGUAAGCUGCAUACACCAAAAGGUGUAAAAAGCAAUACACGUUUGAUAAUGCCUCCGGUGCAAUCUCCGGCUGGCCCACAAGCCGUCCGCAGUCCGGCGUUGGUUCAGUACGGUUUUAUAAUCUUUUCAUUGAAGGAAGUCCAACGAACCAACUGGACACUGAAUCCAGUUGCCGGCGUAAGUCCACUGGAAGGUACCGUUCACAUGAAAGUGAAUUGCGAACUUACGGUAAAUGUCGAUUAUCGUGGGUUCCUCACAAUGUUCGAGGAUGUGUCCGGUUUCGGGGCAUGGCAUCGACGCUGGUGUCGUUUGCAAGGUCACGUGCUUCGCUAUUGGACAUAUCCGGACGAUGAGAAGCGUAAGCCCCCGAUCGGAAGCAUCGAUUUGCAGCAUUGCUGCACUCAGAAGGUAACCAUUGCACCUCGACUGGUGUGCUCUCGAUUGAACACAUUACUGCUAGAGUUUCGACGACCGGCCAAACCGGAUGAUGUGGAAUCACUUGUGCUGGAGAAACAGGGUAAUACUGUCAUUCAGCGGCACUUACUAUCGGCUGAUUCAAAAGAAGAGCGCGAUGAAUGGUGUGCUCAUCUGAACAAAACUCUUGCUCUUCUAAAAGCCUGGGGACAGACUGAUAAUAGAAGUACGAGUUGCUAAAUAUGGCUAUCCCCAGUUUUGUUACGGUUUAUGUAUAUUUGCAAUCGUGAGUAGUAUUAUUUGCAUUCUAGUUUCAUCAUCUUAAUCUCUUUUUUAUUGAAAAUUAUGGAUCCGU